GUUUACAUCAUCGUCGCUAUGCUCGAGGGAUCACCACUGCCAUCUCGUGCGUGCAUCCCGUCGCAUAAUUCUCAUAGCGAGAGCGUCCAAGGCUACCUAAUUCGGGCCAGGUGAUCGUGAUGCACCGCCGUUAGUGUUUGGCCGAUGAUGAGAGACCAGCAAGCGGGCGGCCCGAAGUCGAUCUCUCUCGCUUGGCGAUUCGAACAUAUUAAUGUCGUCACCGAUUUCCUUUCCCGUACACGACAACAUCGCAAAUUCGUCUCGAAACGGACUACGUGCGCAGUCAGAGUCGGCAAGACUGAAGAACACGACUGUUAGCCUUGGGGCGCAACGGUAGUGACCGCAUUGAAUGCUCUACAGUAUAACAGCUUCCAUGCCCGCUGCUUCCUGAAACACUUGCACUUAACCUUCCUUCUCGCAAGCUGGAGAUCCGUACUGCACGGCAGCAAACAACACCAUGGCCAUUCAUGUGCUAGACAACUAUUACCUUGCGAUAACUUUUCUCAUCACUGUCGCCUACCAACUAUUCUUCUUCGCCAUAGCCUUUUCUUUGAAGUUCGACAAGCUGACCGAUUUUGCUGGCGGCACCAACUUUGUGGUUCUCUCCAUUCUCACACUCAGUCUCAGUGAGAACAGAGGCGAUGCGCGCAAUAUUAUUGUGUCAGUGUUCAUGAUGAUGUGGGGAGCACGUCUCAGUGGAUUUCUGCUGUUCAGAAUUUUGAAGACAGGGAAAGAUGACCGCUUCGAUGACAAGAGGGACAAAUUCUGGUCUUUCUUGGGCUUCUGGGUAUUCCAAAUGUUCUGGGUCUGGACUUGCUCGCUACCAGUUACAAUCCUCAACUCGCCAAACGUCACUCAAUUCCCUCAACCUGCCUUUGGAACUGGAAGGGACAUCGCUGGAAUUGUUCUCUACUCCAUCGGAUUUAUCAUGGAGAGUGUGUCCGACAUCCAAAAGUACCGGUUCAGAAGCGCUCAUCAAUACGACGGCGCAGUUUGCGAUGUUGGCUUCUUCGCAUGGACCAGGCAUCCAAACUACUUCGGCGAGAUGAUGAUCCAGUUCGGAAUGUUCACCAUUGCAGUGUCCCCUGCCGCUUACCACUACGUGUCGGGCAGUGCUUAUGCAGCUCUCUACGCGUCGAUUCUGGGACCGUUCUUCUUGACAUUGCUCCUCAUGUUCGUGUCAGGCCUGACCCUACAGGAGCGUCCGGGGGCAAAGAAGAGAUACGAGAAAGGAAAUAACUGGCCUGCAUACGCGCGAUGGCUGAAUAGAACGAGCAUACUUAUUCCGUUUCCUCCUCAGCUAUAUGAGAAGAUGCCAGUCUUCUUGAAGCGAACCAUCUUCUUGGAGUUUCCAAUCUACGUCUUCGACCCAGCGAAGCAUGCAGAUCAAAGUAAGAUGCGAGAUAGGAAUGCCGAGGAAGGUCAUGCUGGAAGGCCGAGUGAUGAGGAAGGACUGAGGUCAUCUUGAAUCAAGGUUUCUUCUCUUCUAAUUGUGUAGUCAUCUGAUACCCUGGGUGCGUUUUGCUCCUACCUCGUAUGUAAUGCUUAAUCUGGUUCGGCAAUGACGCAAUGUACGCAUUCACACGCGAGAUUCUCAGCUGAAUACGAACUACGAGCUUC